AUGGAUACGUCAGGAUUCAGCCAAGUUGGGCGACAUGGAACCCUCAGCCUCAUCAAACGAAACGCGACGCCACCAGAAUCGGACGUGAUCACCUCCUUCGGAAUUGACGAUGAAGAACUGACGUUCGGAAGUGUUACUACAUGCGGGGUAAGGCUGUACUAUCCAGAGGUGGAUGCACUGCAUUGUAAGCUCGUGUUCGAGGAGCGCAAGGCUUUUCUUGCUGUAAUUGGCUCUGAAGGAGCGCUAGUGGAUGGUUGCAAAGUGUAUCCGCAUACAUCUGGUGGCAACUCACAGACCAUCAUUCCGUUGACCAACAACUCGGAGUUCGAGAUUCACAACAAGCGCUUUCGGUUCACAUAUCCCCCCAAGGAAAUUCGCAAAGCACUAUAUGCUACGCCUGCUCGACCACCCAAACGCGCUCUACGUCUGUCGAUGAUUCACUCGGCUCAAGUUUUCUCUCCUCGACCAUCCAAAGACCCGCGCGAGAAUCUCAGAAUUCUCCAAAGCCCCAUCAAGAACAUGCUUGGGAUAGGCAAGAGCCCGGCCAAGUCUGGCAACCCCUCUCCUCUCAAACAAACCGCUGCAGCCACGCUCGAAGACAGCGACGACGAAGAAGAGGAAGAUAUCGUGUUAGUGCAGACAAAUCAUCCCCGUGUUGUUGAGGAGGAACGAGACCUGGUUAUUUUGGAAGAUGUGCCCGUAUCGUUGCUGGACGUGCAAACAUCUCCAGCAAAACUGCACCAGCCCGUACCGCAAUGGCCCCAACCACAACCCCAGCCUCCGAAAACCCCUCCUCGGCGCCGGUCUCUUGGAGGAAACGCGCUGCAUCGUGCAGUGCUCAUCCGCAGUGCGCAGAGAGCAGUUCUGAAAGCAGAGAAAGAGAGAGAGGAAGAGGAAGAGGAAAUGGAAGUGCUAGACAGCGUUGUCGCAAGCGUUUAUGAUGACGACGAGGUUGUGCACGAUGAGGAAGAAGAUGGCGAUGUUGAAAUGGGGGAUUCCAACGAAGAGGAGGAAGGAGACACAGACGACGAGGAAGAAGAGAAGAGUCGCGAUGAACAGAAGCCUCUCUGGCGGAAGAGCCUGGAGAGGAUCAUUCCUUGGCCAUUCAACUCAGGACAGCCCGAUGAAGAGGAACCAAUGGAAGACAGAGAGUGGCACGCCUCACCAGAAAACGCUGAAUACGACGACGACGACGACGACGAGGAAGUUGCCCCUUUACCUGCACCCUCAGCAACGCCUGUACGACGUCCUCUCGGCUCCUUCAUGACGCCUGGGCCUAGGCGGGAUGUCUUUGCUCAUUCAACCGAACCCUCCGCUGCCCUGGGAAGGUACUCUCUGGGUGGUGGCGAGGCCCAGCGUGUGCUCGUACAACAGCCAUGGCGGGUCCGUGACCUAGUUGUGCCGCCACCGGCUGCGUCUGCCGCUCCGGUGCCUGCUUUGCGCCCCAUGGACCCUCCUCCCAGUACCCCAGUCCGUGCGGCGUCUAGCUUGGUAACAACCCUUUCUCGUCCACGCGCAACACCUGCAGUAUCAGAGGAGGAACGCAAGGCAAUCCAGGAGAGGAGGCGGAGCGCGUUGAAGGAACUUGACAGUUUCUGGGUGGAUGGUGCUCCGGGCAUGAGCCCCGCGAAGAACUCCUCGAGCACCAGUUCGAGCUCGAGCUCGUCCGCUGCUGCAUCUUCGCGCAGGAACAGCACAUCAGUUGUCAAGCCCAGUACAACGCCCGCACGGCCAGCAAAUUUCGGUUCGCCAACGAAGGGUCGUCCGUUGGAGAGGACCAUCCUUGAGGAAGAAGACGGCGAUCUCUCUGGUUCUGGCGCCUCUCUCUUCAAGUCUCCUGGUCCUGGUCCUGGCUCGAAGCCACCAACCGCCGCUACAGAGAAAGACUCAGACGAAGAGAUCGACACGCGUGGCCUACUGGAGAGGAUGAAGGAGACUGUUGAGGGCAUGAAGCGGCGCCGGAGCGUCGUCCUUGGUGGGGCAGGUGGCGUGUUGGCUACCCCGCAACCAGCAGCUCAUGCUCAUGCUCAUGCAGGAUCGAGAAUGAGUCUUGGGCCGGGCGUCAGCACUGGUCUCGACGAAGGGUUGAGUGGAAUCAAGAAACUCGAUUUUACGCGUAUUACACCUGCUAAGCCCCCCUUAAAGUCAUCUGCUCCUGAUCCUGCAACCCCUGCCACUCCGGAAGUUGCACCAGCGAGACCCAAACCUCUUGAGGCUCCCGCUCUUACCGAACAGCAAGUCAGGGACACUGAGCCCACCACUGAUUCCGGUGGAGACGAACCAUUCAGCCUUCUGCGUCCAGGAGCACAAGAAGAGCGCCGACAAAGUCUUUUUGCUGCCGCUGCGACUGCUGCUGAGCCUGUUGUUGAAGAAGUGGUUGUCCCAGUUGUUCUGCCCACUGUAGUUGUUGACGGAACAGUGGAUGACGCCAUGCAAGAGGAUGAGCCUGAGGAGGAGAGGAAACCUAUAGAGAAAAAGGCACGCGGAAGGUCGAGAUUGUUACGAGCUCCUAAAGCCGCUGCUGAAACUCUGGAUGUAUCCGAUGAGGAUGUCGAACGAGUAGACAAGCCCGUGAAGAGGCCCAGAUCUGCUACAAAGAUCACUGCGCGUCGUCACAGGUCAAGGACGCCUCAACCUCAUCAAUCGACGGAGGAAGAAAACCCAGAACCAGCCAAGCCAAAAUCUACUGCGAGACGUACAAAGAAGGCUACUGCCGAACCGGAAGAACCCACACCUGCGCCUACUGCAACAAAGAGAGGAAAGAAGGUUGCAGUUGCGGAUCCGGAGCCCGAUCAGGAUGACGAACCUCAAGAGGAAAUCAAGGCCAAACGGGGUCGUAAGCCUCGUGCGCCUGGUACAACUGAAGAGGAGCCAGAACAGGGCCAAGUGAAACCAACACCUGCACCCGCGAAGAGAGGUCGUCCGAGAAAAGUCACGUCGUCGACUCCUGAAGAAUCUUCUCCCCGAGAAGAGAUGGCAGCCUCCACGAAGAAGAUUAAGGCCGGUACCUCGAAGGCGACGGCUGCCGGUGCAAAGAGGCCUCGUGCUACGAGGAGCAAAGCUACUGCUGCAGAAGAAGACGAGGAUGAAGACCCUCUGGAUUCAUACGACGUUAAUGUCACUAAAGGCACCCCAAGAGCGGUAGAGGAAGAGGACAAUGAGUUCGCUGACCUGCCUGCUCCGCCACCGCGUCUGACAGCUGCAAAGAUGAUUCCAAACUCAAGAGCAAAACGGCCACCAGGAAAAAAGCUGCUGUGGUCAAGCAGGAAGAGGACGGCAUUUCCUCCGCGAUGGAAGAGCCCGCAGCCCCUCUGGCCGCUACGCGUGGUGGGCGAGGUGUGA